CUUUGUGCUGAAAGGGGAGAACGGGGUUACAGAAUCUCAAAAUGGCGGAGGGUUUUACCGAAGUUUAUCAAGAUGAGGUGAUAUGACUACAGGAGCAUGGUGGAGGCUAGUGAGGAGCCGACCUGUGGUCACUGUGCGGAGAGGCUGAUGACCACUGCUUGACCAAGGGAUUUACUGGACCCUACAGACGAUGUAGUGGGAUUUGUUGAUGUGUUUGUUUAUAGGUGAAGUUCGUUAUUGUGUUUUAGACGCGAGUGGAAGCUAUGUUGUGUUUGUGAAGCGGUGAAUCUUUCCUUUUUGUACAUAGUGUGUAUAAAGGUUUUUUUUGUGGUAUUUAUCAUUACUGUGUACAGAUGUUAAUUAUUGAAAUUCAAGGAGUUUUACCAAUGCUGUGUUAAAAGAUUUCAUCACAUUUUGUCCAUAAAUAUGGAAGACCCGACAAUGGAAGAGCAGACUGAAGCAAACAUUGAACCAGAAACAGAACAAAACAAUGUCGAUUUAAACCCUGAUUUAGAUCCAGAAUCUGAUCAGGAACCGGAAACAAAGGAUGAGGAGGAUAAACUUGAACCAGAUCAGGAGGAGGAUACAGAGGAGGAACAACCAAGAUGUUCUGUUUCACCAAAGAUAGCCAGGCCCAAACUUCCGGAAUUCACUGGGAAUGGACGUAUUUCUAGUCAUACUCGUUCUAAAACUGACCCGGGAAGGGGAGGGGAGAUCAAGGCCAUCAUUGAUAAAACAAUGGAAGAUAUCAAAGAAUUAAACAAAGUGGACUUCACAAUUUAUAACCGUCCAAAAGUCUUCCCCAAACCUCUACACCAAAGAUCUCAGUCCACGCACGCCUCUCCCCGUGCUUCCCCAACCCCAGGCUCUCCUUCCGUGGAGGAGAAAGUCUCCGCACUCAACAGGAACCGAAGUCGUAGUCUGAAAGUGCUCACAGACAUGUUGAAGAGCGGGCGAGGUGGUAAUGAUUUCAGGUCGGGCAACAUUCCAGACGUGGGAAAUGAUGUCAAGUCCAACAGUGACAGUCAGCUGCUUCCUCGCCGAAAGAGGGAGGGCAAGGAGUCCAGUGUUGAGCGCCGGUCAAGCUCUGACGGUCAGCUGCAGGCUAGGCGUCAGGAUUCUUCAGGGGCCUUAACUCACGAGUCCCGAGGGUCUGGUGCUCGCACUCCAGACAUUUAUUCCCAUCAGAAAGAAUUUGGGCAGUCUGAUAGGCAUUAUAGUGAUCACAAUGAACAGAAGCGUAAAGGGGGCACACUUCCUCGGUAUAGGCAGGAGUCUGGCAAAUUCAGGCGAGCUAAAAGUGAAGUGCGCAAAGCUGCACCUGUAUCUGAUGAUGAGGGGCUGGACGUUACGUCAGAUCAUGAGUCUGGAGGUCACGGUUUGGUGAAACCUUUUCAUUCAAUCGACACAAACUCUAAAUUUUUCACACUAUACAAGACUAACCCUUCAAAGAGAAGACCUCAUUUUAGUGGUUUUGUAAAGACACGCUAUCAAUCUAAUUCUCAGGGCGAGGAGCAGGGGACUAGGCCAGAUGAUCAGAUUGGUUCAGCCAGUAGAAGGUUCACACGACUUGAGCUUACACCACUCACCAGCAAGGCGGCCAAAAGCCGACUUUCAUCCCUCAGACAUGUGACUCAUCCUCCGCAGUCACAAACAACAUUCCGAGAGGGCGGAACAAUGGACUCCAAUGGGUUUGGAACACUUUUGAAGUCUCCGAGCACAGAGAGUCCUCCGCCUUUCCCUGGAGAGGCGGAGAAAACAAGUGACCUGUCACUAACUGACAGUCAGACUGGCCAGAGUGACAGCAUGGACGAGGCGUCGUACAGCGAACAGGAUGAUCAGAGCGAGGCUCAGACAGAGUCAUGUGAUAAUGCCAGUGACGUAGACACCAUCAAACCAGCAGAGAAAAAAAGCAACGGGAAAACUUUAAAACAGAAAUCCAAGAGUGAUCCAAGUUCUGACAAAAGUCAGUCGAUUGAUCAGUCAGAACUGCCUCAAUUGAUUACUGUGUCUCAAAGCACUCCUCACUUGUCCACGGAUGGUAGCCAGGAUAUUGAGGAGGAGGUAACUCCAGACACAACCAUUGACACAGACAGUCAGGAAGAGGAUAGACGACGCCGGACCCUGAGCGCUCACCAAUCAUUUGAUGAUGAAGUGCCGCUUCAGUUCGAUGCCACCAGUAGUACUGGUGGAAGUGGUAGUCCCAUGUCCUACUCAAUAGAGGAGGAGGGAUUGUUGUCCCCCGAUAGUGAUGGCCCACCCCCUAGUUUUGUGUCGGUGAUGUACGGGGUGACUUCUGCUCCGUCCACACCUGUCAAUCAGUCCCCGACAAACACGCUGGAACGUACCAACUAUCUCAAUGUCCCAACCAGUGUCACAAUCUCUAGCACUUCCAACAAUAAGAAAUCUAUAGGGCGGAGUGCAAGCUCAGCCAGUGUACUCCAUCGGGAACGGAAGUUCUCCGGAGGUAGCAAGGACAAGGAAAAUAUACGUAAACACAGUGUCACUAUCGGUGAUGACUCCGCAGCCACACCGAAACCAGAGUUGUUCCCCUUGGGGGACAGUAGUGGCAUGCAGGCUCUGAGUAUGCCCAGUAUGACCUCCACAUGGAAGAAGGAGCGAGGACCCUCUAUGUCUCCAGAAAGGGACCAGUCUCUAGUCAAGGACAAACGAUACCACAUUGUUGAAGAGUUUUACCACAAUGAAAAAGAAUAUGUAGAGGCGUUGCAGAAACUCAAAGAUAAAUACAUGACCCCGCUAAAAGUGUCGAGCAAUAUAGACGAGUCGAUAGUGGACAACAUCUUCUACAUGAUACCGGAGAUCCUUACCCACCAUACUAUCUACCUGGACUUCCUAGAGAAUGUGUGGGCCAAGUGGGACACCAAGACCAGCACCAUUGGAAACAUUAUCAUCGGCAUUUUUUCAAAGCAGACGGUGGUUGAUAGCUAUCUGUCGUUUGUGGAGAACUACAGAACAUCUGGGAAAGUCAUAGAGAAUGCCCUGCAGACCAAGUCCUCGGUGCAGAAGUUUCUAGAGCAAUGCCAAAGAGACAGUGGAAGUAAAUUGUCCAUGAAGGAUCUUAUCGUCCGUCCCAUCCAGCGAAUUCCUCGUUAUGAACUCCUCAUACAGCGUCUGAUAGAGAACACACCCCAUGACCACCCUGAUUUCCCCCUACUGAAGGAGGCAGAGCGGGUGAUGCACAACUUUGCAAUCAAGCUGGGCACCAAUGAAAGCCAGCUUGAGGAGGACCAACAGAGUACACUUAAGAAGCUUGAGGUUCUUGUCCCAGACAUGUCCCCUUUGGUUGCCCCAGACAGACAGUACCUCAAACAUGACAUGGUUCAGAUUCUGACAAGAAAGGACCAAUGCUGUAUAUGGAUAUUUUCCGACCUGGUCAUAUUCAGCAGUGUGAAGCGUCGUGGUGGACCAGUGACACGUAAAGUCUCUGUUAUUCUGAAAUCUCCGACUGGAAAUGAAUAUGCAGAAAAUAUUAAACAUAAGGUGUGGUUGCGGGUUGGACUGGAUAACAUAGAAAUAGUCAAGAGUCAGCUUCCACCCAUUAAGAAGAGUUCGCUGGACCCGGAUCAAUUGGAGGAGGACAUCAACAUUCUGACGGAGAUGACUGAAAUGACCAAUAAACUCAAUUAUCCACAUUCUAGUCUGGAUGAUGUCGUGAAGGAGAUGCUGGCAUCUUUAAAUAAACAACUUUCUGAAGUUAGCAUACGAAGUCCAUCCUUAGAGUCAAAUAAAAUGGAAAUUCUAGUCACAACACAGGAAGGGGUCUAUCCCCUGGAGAUCUGCUUCAGUUCCGCUGAGAAGCGAGCCAUCUGGGAGUCAACGUUACUGGAUGCCAAACAGAAAUUAUCGCUGCUAUCGGACAAGAGAGCACCAGAGUUUCAGCAGCCUUUACAGAUUACGAAGACGAGAGCUGGCAUGCAGUUUUCCUGUGCGGCCCCCAUUGAUGGCCUCAACAACAGUGGUUACCGUGACGUGUGGGUGUGUAACAGCGACGGAUACGUGGGUCACAUGUGUCUACUGAGCCUCCAACCUGAACCAAUCGUCACCCUGAACACACCUGUGCCUGGCUGCAAUGCCCGUAUCCUGUGUAUAUGUGCAGUUCCUGCUUACAGUGGUCCAUUUAGAAGGAAGAGUAGCUCUAAGAAAAACCUCCACAAACACUCGGUACCAUCAGUGGCAGAGGACAGUCCUGAGAUCAAUAUCGAGGAGGUGGACGAUGUGUCGGAGCCCGAGGAGGACGCAACCUCUGCUGGAUACCAAACAGAUUCAGAGUCGAGUGAGGAAGAAGAGGAGGAGGAGUUGGAAGAGGAAGUAGAAGGAGAGAAAGAGAUGGAGGGAGAGGAGGCACAACAGGAGAAAGACGAAGGCAGCAGUGAGACUGUGUUUGAUAACAAACCCAAGGAUCUGUACUUAGGAGAUUCCUCGGAGGGUAAGGCAAGUCCUGUGUCCCAGCUGAUCAAUCUUGACCCCUUCACCAUGACCGGUAACUGGCUUCAGGACGCUCACAAGAGUACAAUGUGGCUGGGCACGGAGGAUGGCUGUAUACAUAUAUUCCAAUGCACAGACAAUAUUAAAACCACAAAGAAUAAACUCAAGAUUCACCACGGGUCCCCAGUCUAUUGUAUAGUAUAUUUAGACAACAAGGUGUUUGUUUCCUUGGCCAAUGGGGACCUGAUCGUGUACAAGAGAGACUCGGAUGGGAUCUGGGACACAGAAAACCCAUACACACGUACCGUUGGCAGUGUCAUCUCUCCUAUCAGUCGCAUGUUAGCUGUGGCAGGCAAGCUCUGGUGCGGCUGUCAAAACGUCAUGAACGUCAUUAACCCUCUCACUCUCCGGAUAGAGACGACGUUCCAGGUGACGACAGAUUCUAGUCGGUGUAUCCAAUGCCUGGUGUGUGCGGGGCAGGGCGUGUGGCUCGCCUCACAGCACAGUUCAAAGAUCUCCCUCUAUCAUGCCACAUCAUUCGAGCCACUGCUUGAGGUCAACAUAGCUCACUCUGUGGCUCAGAAACUUCAAUCGGCUGAUGACAUCAUUCGACAACACAAGGCGGCUUGCCUGCGGAUCACAGCUCUGCUGGUGUGUAAGGACUUGUUGUGGGUGGGCACCAGUGCAGGGGUCAUCCUCACCAUACCCAUGCCACGCAUCACUUCCACCUCCACGCGGGGCUCCAUAUCAACCCCUUCAGUUACAGGUCUGGUGUUUGGUCACACGGGACAUGUAAGGUUUCUGACAUGUGUAGAACUAACUGCUCCAUCAUCUCCAACAACGCCCAAACCCCGAACUGAAGAUGAGGAAACCGAGGACAAACCAGACAAUCUUGCAAUUCACGACAUUCACCGACGAUCUUCAAUGGCGGCCACAACAGCCACCAUGGCAACAAGGAUGUUGGUCAUAAGUGGUGGCGACGGAUAUGAAGAUUUCCGCAAUAAUUCAACCAACGAGGUUGCAGGGCGGGACGAUAGCACCAAUCACCUGUUGCUAUGGCAGGUGUGAUAUUGGAGAGGUCUGUUUGGUUGAAUAUCACAUUGACAUUAUAGCCAAAGAUAAUUAUUUAUACAGUUUCUUGUGUUAAACAUGAGAAACUAUUAUUGUAAAUUGUUUUGUAUGUAGACUGACGACGUGUGGAGGUCGUCGCGUUACCUGUGCGAACGAGGACUGUCAAAGCGGUGACAGAGCUAUUCGUACUUCUGUUCUUACAUUCUGUCUUUCCUAGAUACAAUCAUACAGUAGACUGAAGCAUCUGUAUUUGUGAUAUUGAGAUUCUCAACAAAAUCUGACUUGUUACAAUUAUUUGUUGUGAAGCUGCGACAUUUCUGGAGAAAAAAUGUCUCAAGAACUCUACAAUCAAUGAUUUUCUUCCAAUGUAACGAAGAGGGCUGUGAAAUACAAACAAUUUAGUACUGGACUGGAGCAGUGUGAUGAUACACAUCAAACCCUCAACUGCUCACAAACAAUACUCUCAAAACUUCGAACGUUGUGAUGGAUUCUGUUUUGUUUGUCAAAUUAAGCGACAUUCUUGAAGCUGCAAGCUACAUUUGAAGCUUCUUGGCAACAUGUAAUAAUGUGCAAAUUAAUGAGAGGUGCUUAUUCAGGGAUGAAUUUUCGCUUAUUUCAAAAUGGUGCUAUUGACAAAAGAAACGGUAAUAUUUUUGCAUUUAGUGAACUUGUUAUUUGAGUUUUAAUAUAUGAUUGUUUGUAAGGCGAUUUGCCAGAAAGUCAUGCAAUUGAGAAGGUGCUAGAAUUAUACACUAUGCAUUACAUAUAAAUUUAGAUCUACCCAUACAUCAUUUCAAAUUCUGAUUACAAAUUUGUCAUACGGUAGUACAAUUUCGUUACCUCAUAAUUGUAUUCUUCUUAGCUGUAGAACUGAUUUAGUACUGACAACGAUUUCUUAUGAAUGUUCAAGAAUGGAAUAAAAUUUUCAGGAUCAUUAACUCAUUCGCCCCUGACGUUUCAUAAUGAACUAUUCCAACCUUUGAACUGGAAGAGUUCAAAUGUGUCUUCAGGGGUGAAUGAGUUAACAGUGGUUCUAGACUACUUGCAAAAUUUAUUUCAACUUUUAAAAGAAUUUAUGUGAUGUUAGAAUGGAACGGAACAAAUUUGGUAUGAUACCCAUUGAGACUAUCCUUCAACAGCGAUUCAACCUAAAGACAAAAUCGUCAUUAGUUAUUAGACACGAUAGUGGCUAUUGUUAAAUUGACCGCUGUUUCUGGAUGUUUCAUACAAAUAAUUGUAGUGGACCAAGGCAGGACUAGUGUAGGACAGAAAGGUGGGUAUUUAUGUAUUAAACAAACGUGGGCUUUUUUCCUUUUACCAGCGUAAGUGGUACGGAACCUAGUUUGUUUUUCCUGUUAAUUCUUAUUCACAAUGCAUUUAUUUUAAAUCACCCUCACAUUUUACUAACUUCUUUUAGUAAGUUACAGUGGUACUCGUUAAAUCUUGUACUAUUCAUAAUUCAAGCACAGUAUUACAGAUUCUGAAGUUUUUUUUGCUUGGGUUAUCUCCCUUUGAUUAUAUAUAUAUAUAUAAAAAAAAAAAAAGUAAAAAGCUCAGAAAUUGACAGUCCCAUGUUCCGUUAAUAAAAACUGAUGUAAAACAACAAUGGCCCCAAUUGAUGAUCUUGCAAAGUUGAUUGUUUUGUUGGGGAAUAACAAUAAUUUCUUUAACACAUUUAGCAUCUUUUCAAACAUCCUCGAUAUCCAGGGGUUAUAUACGCUCACUUACGCUCUCUACACCCCUGGAUUGUGUCAUAAUAAAAUUGAAGGCACGAAGAUAGCCGUUUGAUUGGUCUCAGGAAAAAGAUACUGACCAAUCACCAGGCUGAUACCUGUGCUUUGAAGAUUACAAAGGAGAGACGCCCGACUUCAAAGCCUGUCAAUUUUUACCGAUAUGUAACCGCGAGUGCGCAC